AUGCCCUUACGAUUGUUGUGUCUCCAUGGCUGGGGGACGAAUCAGAAGUCGCAACUGAGUGGGCUCAUGCAUGAGCUCCAACGCGACAACACCGCGACGUUCUCAUUCCUCGAAGGUGAUGUCGAUUCAGCUCCCGGACCUGGAAUCGCCGGCUAUUAUGAUGGUCCGUACUACAGCUACUACCGUUUCCCACGCACCUUUUCCCACGAGGAUAGCGAUGAGUCCGACAUCCUGGAGGCGUACGAGCAGCUGAGUGAAACAGUUGCCUUGGAAGGUCCGUUCGACGGGGUUCUAGGCUUCUCCCAUGGCGGCACAUUGGCUGCUGGAUUCAUGAUCCACCAUGCCAAGAUGAAUCCAAAUGAGCCUGCGCUAUUUCGAUGCGCAAUCUUCAUCAAUUCCCUCCCACCCUUUCGCAUGGAACCUGGAAAGCGACCUGUUGUAGAGGAAGGAUUAGAGGGGUUCAUCUCCAUACCCUGCGUGCAUAUUGCUGGGGCCAAAGACCCACUCUUCGAAUACUCAAUGGCUCUGUAUCGACUCUGUGCUGCGAGGCAUUCGACAUUUGCCGUACAUGGGAAGGGCCACGAUGUCCCCAGUGAUCGGAAGAAUGUCGCCAUAAUCGCCACUGCAAUUCGAAAACUGUCCAGUCAAAUUCUGUGA